AUGCCAGUGGAUGAGGAAAUCGAUCUUUACGAGGUCCUCGAGAUCGAGAAGGGCGCGAGCAAGAUCGAGAUCAAGAAAGCAUACCACAAGGCCGCGUUAGCACAUCACCCCGACAAGGUCGCAGAAGAAGACCGUGCAGAAGCCGAGGUGCGCUUCAAGGCCGCGAAACAAGCCUACGAAAUCCUCUCCGACGAUGACAAGCGACAUCUGUAUGAUACCCACGGCAUGUCCGCCUUUGACCCCUCCAAGGGCGGCAUGGGCGGCGAGGGCCCCGACAUCGACGACAUCUUUGCGCAGAUGUUCGGCGGCAUGGGCGGAUUCGGCGGAAUGCCAGGUAUGGGUGGCAUGGGCGGCAUGCCCGGUGGACGAAACGUGCCACGGAAGGGACGCUCAGUAGAGCAGGAGUACGAGGUCAGCUUGGAAGAGCUGUACAAGGGCAAGACGACAAAGUUCUCAAACACAAAGAACAUCAUCUGUAACCUGUGCGAAGGCAGCGGUGGAAAGAAGGGCGCAAAGGCAAAUUCUUGUGCUUCCUGUGGUGGGCGGGGUGCUAAGCAAGUCCUCCGCCAGGUCGGUCCUGGCCUCGUCACCCAGGAAACUGUUCCUUGCGGUAACUGUCAAGGCUCUGGCCAAGUCAUCCCAGAGAAGCAACGUUGUAAGAAGUGCAAGGGCAAGAAGGUCGUCGAGACCAAGAACGUGCUCGAACUCUACAUUCCCCGCGGUGCACGACAAGGCGAGCGCAUUGUACUUGCAGGAGAGGCAGAUCAACUACCCGACCAGGAGCCAGGCGAUAUCAUCUUCACGCUCACCGAGACGCCACAUGAUGUCUUCGAACGCGCAGGCGCUGAUCUGAGGGCCGAGUUGAAGGUUAGCUUAGUGGAGGCACUAACAGGCUUCAACCGCGUGGUCAUCACUCAUCUCGAUGGACGUGGUCUUAAGCUCAACGUGCAACAACCAAACGGCAACGUCUUGCGACCAGGACAGAUCCUCAAGAUCGAAGGAGAGGGUAUGCCCAUGAAGCGCAGCGACGCGAGGGGUGAUCUCUACCUAGUUGUUGAUGUUGAGUUCCCAGAGGAUGGAUGGUUGAAGAACGACGCCGCAGUACAGAAGCUCCGUGACGCACUACCCAAGGACGAAAAGAGCGAGGAGAAGCAUGAAGAAGAGGAGGAAGUAGACGUUGAGUGGGAUGCUGACAUGGAAGAGUACGGCGCUGGUAGCGGUGACCCACGUGCUGGAGGCGCCGAGUGGGAAGACGAUGAUGAGGAGGCAGAGGGCCCUCAGUGUGCGACACAGUAA